UCUUGCCUGGUUCUAUUUCUUCGGGAUAAGAGUCCACAAGUCGCGCCUUUUCCGCCUCUGUCGUCGCCGUUUGCUCUCAAUCCGAGGCCCGCAGGAAGAACUUGGAGCGGUUCUGAUGCGAUGAGGAGGAAGCUUCACACCCGUUUUCCCGCCACCCGAAUAAAGAAAAUUAUGCAAUCAGAUGAAGAUAUCGGGAAGAUUGCACUUGCUGUACCUGUUCUAGUAUCCAAGGCAUUGGAAUUAUUUCUACAAGACCUCUGUGGCAAGACAUAUAGCAUGACUCUUCAUAGAGGAGUUAAGACAAUGAGUUCUUUCCAUUUGAAGCAGUGCGUGCACAAGUUUACCGUGUUUGAUUUCCUAAAAGAUCUAGUGAGCAACGUUCCAGAUGUUGGUGGCUCUGAUGCAGAUCCUGAUGAUAAAGCCAGCAAGAAAAGGAAAGCUGCAGACGAAGACAAUUACAGUGAAGAGGAGACAAAGAGGAGCAACAAUGAAGCCUGUCGCAGCAGCAGCAGCCGCAGCCGAAGGGGCCAAGGGAGGAGGUGUCGUGGAAAAGGGCGUGGUUCUCUUGUCGUCGAUGGAGUCGAGAAGGGCAGUGCUGACUUUAACAUAUACGAAGAUGAUCCUGGCACUCAACAUGAUGACGAACUCACUUACAGUGAAACUGAUCGAGAUAUGGCAACAGCAUCUGAAGAAAAUUGUGUUACCAGUAGCAGCGUGCGUGCCACUGUUGGGAACUUUGACUUGAACUUAGAUUUCAGUGACAUCGAGGAGAUAGCACCAGCCUCAGCUACAACCGCAGCGGCUAUGGCAAGAAUCUUUAAGGUGAAUGGUGAUCUAACAGAUGACUAUCUGGGUUCGUCAAUUUCCAAUAUGGAUAAGAUUACUAUUGAUCCUGUUCAGUUUGCAUUAUCACACCGAGAUUAGAUGAAGAGGAAGAGGAUUAUGAGAUUGUACAAGGAUGACCAUUUUGCGUUUGUCUUUUUGGCUUAGAGGUAAGAUUUACAGUUGGAUCUGACUCCUAGCGUAGUGUUGCCAAAUAUUUCUACAUCUUCUUGGGUGAUCAAACUUUUCAAAAUGACAGGAUGAUAGACAUUAUGUAGUUGGAAUAUGUGAUCACAGCAGCUAAGGAAAUAUCCGAUUGUGAUCUGAGCAAGUUCCCGAGUUGCAACAUUGUGACACAUUCAAAUUGGUUGAAUUAGUUGGCAUCUUGUGCUGGUCUCGCCAAAGAUGUUGCAUAUAUUGGAUCUUUUCUAGUGUCAGUUCACGGAUCAUGUCUAUGGUUUGUUGCAACUCUAAUCCUGUUAUCCUUAAACUUCCGUCAUGAUCCUGGUGAAUGCCAUUACAAGUCUGAGAUUGCUAUGUAAAUGUGCGGGUUUGUACUCCGUGUAAAGGAGCUUCAGCAAGAUCCAUCUCUUGAUUACACUCACAACACUACCUACGCUAAUGUUAUCCUAAGCCCUGUCUUCAUUUGUUAUUUAUUA